AUGGAAUAUCAGCAGAUCAUCAAGUCAUUCAGGUGCACCGACUCAGCAACCUUUGCAGACUGGAUCUGGAAAUGGGAGAACUUCCUGCUGAAGGCUGCACGGCAUCGAAUGCUUGAAGUAGCAGGCGGUCGUUGGCUAUUCGACAUCGCCCGCCUUAUGGCCAAACAUAACGGCAACUUCACUGAUAACUGCAGACAAGCCGCAGAAUCGCUUGUUCUAAAGACAAAAGAUUACAAUAAUGCUGUUGAGCAAGGAGUACAGCAGUUAUUGCAACUCAACGAUCUUAGCGAUCAUGCCAGACUACGAGAGGCAGCAAUAGCAAUUCAAGGGGCCCUGAUCCAUACCCCGCCCAACGCUACGGAUGCGAGCAAGGAAUGGUCAAUUGGAAGCGUAGCUGUCAAGUUACGGACCUGGGCCAGCUCAGCACUUCCAGCCCAACCAGAGAGACCCUCCGCCAGACGGGGAACGGCGUUCCAAGCUGAUACCAGAAAGAGUAAUCAGGGUGGAAGAGCAAGCCAAUCCAAAUCAGAUCGUAAAAGAGGGCGCUCAGAUAACCAGGAGGAUAGCAACAAGAGACAAGAACUGAGCUGUGAAGCUUGUGGCCAGCGACGACAUGAUUUUAGUUCCUGUUGGUCAGCUAUCCCGGAACUUCGUCCUGAAGGAGUACCUGCGAAUCACCGCCUAGAAGGUCUGGUGAGGAAAGUGUUGGCUGCCGAUCCGGAACUAAAAGCCAAAGUAGCUGAACUUCGGAAAGCAGCACAGAAAGACCAACAACAGCAGGAACAGGAAAAGAAAGAAGUUUCAUUCCAGUGA